AUGCGGAGACAAGCCCUCAGAGCGUCAUCGUCGACGCACAACGUCUGCGUCUUCUGCGCAACGCGCCUCAACAACGCCAACUUCCUCGACGCCGCUCUCCACCCGCUGCCGCUCCCGGCCUCGUCCUCUUCCUCCCCCUUCGCCCCCGCCGCGGCUCGAAACCUCCUCCAUCAACGCCGCGCCAUCUCCUCGUCACGACCCUCGCAGAACUUCGGCUCCGGCGCCGCGGCGCAGCAACAGCAACAGCAACGCAACGAUGUAGACCCCGAGCCUGAUGCCGCACGAAACAGAUUUAAUGCUGCUCCUACGGUACCGCCUAUGAAACAGCAGAUGCUAUUACGGCAGCAGCAGCAGCAGCAGAAACGCGACGAUGUCGGCGCCGGACCUGAUGCUGUGCGGAAGCAAUUUAAUGCUGCUCCUGCAAUACCUCCUAUGAAGCAGCAGAUGCUAUUGCGGCGGCAGCAGCAGCAGCAGCAGCCACAACAACCUCAAUCAGCGGCGAUCCAUCCCGAAGCGGCGGCUCUGAACGCGUUGUUCUCACAAGAAGCCCCGGCGCCAUCUCCCCAGCAGCAGCAGCAGCAACGAAGCGGAGGAGUUGUCAAGAGGAUGAGCAUUCCGAAAUACCAGGCUCAGGUCGAGAAAGCGCGGCAGUUGAGGGAGCGCGAGAGGGAAGAGGACGUGAGAGGAUUCGACAUGUCCAAGGCGUCGGGGUGGACGCACAUGCAGUCGAAGAGCAGGGAUAAUGGGCUGGAUCAAAGGCGGCAAGAGACUCAGCAGCAGUACCCACAGCGGGUGAAUAUAGUGAGGAGAACAUCAGGGAGACCGGAUGGAGACAAGCGCUUUGUGCCGCUGAACCAGGGGCAGGACCAGGAGAAGCUUCUGGGCAGGUUCAACCGCUUUGGCGGCAGCGGCGGCGGUGGUGGUGCGGCACAAGAACAGCAGGCGGGACCACAGGGUUUCACGAGGUCGGCGCAGGCGCAGCCUGUCCGUCCUCCAUCCACCAGAGGCUCUGAGAAGGACUUGAUAAAUACAAUGUUCGCACCCGCCGCACCCGAACCGAAAUCAUUCUCGUUCCAGGACAGGUCUCAACCUCGUGCGAACCCACGAUCUAGUUUUGAGCGCGACUAUCGGAUGGCUCAGCUUCCGAGAUCGCCGGCGCAACCACCGCCGAGUGUUGAGCGCGAUCCUUCAAUGGCCCAGGUCGCGAGAUCGCCAGCGGAAAGGCCGCCGGCUCCGUCUGAAGAAUUCGAGGCAAAGCCGCCUCAAAAAACUGAGAUGCAACCCCAAGAAUCGGAACAGACGUAUACCGCUUUACAGCAGGUUCGGGAACGCGAGCGUGCUGCGAGGUUCUCGAGGUUUGCCGCUGCCGAGGAAGAGGAAGCUCCGCGCAAACGGAAGGCUAAGGGUGGUCGCAAUUUCUCAGUUCACGAAGAGGACGAGGUCGAUAUCAGCCGCCUCGAACGCAAGUCGAAGAAGAAGGAAAAGAAAAGGCAGCUUGCUACAGAAAUGGCUCCUCCGACACCAAUCUACCUUCCAGAGUAUCUUAGCGUCGCCAAUUUGGCGAACUUACUCAAGGUUCGCACGGAAAGCCUGGUCAACAAGAUGAUGGAGCUUGGAUUUGAGGACAUCAUGAAUGACGACAUCUUGAACGCUGAGAACGCUGGAUUGAUCGCUAUGGAAUACAACUUCGAGCCCGUCGCCGCCGAUCCCUCGGACGACCUCGACCUUUACCCCGCUCCAGAGCCAGAAGACAAGGCGAUUUUGCCCCCUCGUCCGCCCGUUGUCACUAUCAUGGGGCACGUCGAUCACGGAAAGACCACCCUUCUCGACUAUUUACGGAAGUCCUCGGUCGCGGCAACCGAGUUCGGUGGCAUCACUCAACACAUUGGUGCAUUCAGCGUUCCCCUCUCAAAUGACAAAACCAUCACUUUCCUCGACACCCCUGGUCACGCUGCUUUCCUCAGCAUGCGUCAGCGUGGUGCGAACGUGACGGAUAUCGUCAUUCUUGUCGUUGCCGCCGACGACAGUGUCAAGCCGCAAACUAUCGAAGCCAUCAAACACGCCAAGUCCGCUCGUGUUCCCAUCAUCGUUGCCAUCAACAAGAUUGAUAAGGAAGGCGCCAACCCCGAGCAGGUCAAGCAGGACCUGGCUCGCCAUGGUGUUGACGUCGAAGACUUCGGUGGAGACAUCCAAGCCAUUCCCGUCAGCGGCAAGACCGGCCAGGGCAUGCAGGACCUCGAAGAAGCUGCCAUCACGCUAUCCGAAAUUCUGGACCAUCGCGCCGACCCCGAAGGCCCGGUCGAGGGCUGGGUCUUGGAAGUCUCGACCAAGAAGUCAGGCAAGGCCGCCACGGUGCUCGUCCGCCGCGGCACGCUCAAAGUCGGCUCUAUCAUCGUGGCUGGCCAGACGUUCGCUCGCGUCCGCUCGAUCAGGAACGAGGCGGGCGUCGAAAUCCCCACGGUUGGCCCCGGCAUGCCUGCCGAGAUCGACGGCUGGCGCGGUCAGCCUUCAGCCGGCGACGAGGUCCUCGAGGCACCCAACGAGCGGCGUGCCGCCGAGGUCGUCGAAUACCGUGAGACCAACGCGGAGCGCAUCCAGAUGGCCAAAGACAUGGAAGCAAUCAACGAGGCGCGUCGUCUGGAGCACGAAAAACGCGAGCGCGAGCGCGAGCGCGAGCAGGCGAUCGCCGCCGCAGCAGAAGCGGGCGCGGAGGACCCAGAAGCGGCCGUCGCCGCGGCAGAGCAACAAGAGCUCGAGUCGGCGAAGCUCGGCGGCGGGCCAAAGGUGAUACCGUUCGUCGUCAAGGCGGACGUGUCCGGGUCGGUGGAGGCGGUGGUGGACUACGUCAUGACGGUGGGCAACGGCGAGGUGCAGCCGCGGGUGCUCCGCACGGGCGUGGGCGCCGUCAGCGAGUCGGACGUGGACCUGGCGGCGACGGCGGGCGGGCACGUGGUCGUGUUCAACACGGCCGUGGACCAGCGGAUGGCGUCCAUGGCGGAGGCGAAGGGCGUGCGCCUGCUCGAGCAGAACGUCAUCUACCGCCUCGUCGACGACGUCAAGGCGCUGCUGAGCGAGCACCUCGCACCGGCCGUCACGCACCGCGUCACGGGCGAGGCGAACGUCCUCGAAGUCUUCGAGAUCAAGGUCGCCCGCAAGAAGACGUCGAACAUUGCCGGCUGCAGGGUUACAAACGGCGUCGUCAAUGCCAGGAGCAAGGUGCGCGUGUUCAGGAAGGACGAGAAGAUUUAUGAUGGCAAAAUUUCCAGCCUCAAGCAGGUCAAGAAGGACAUCACGGAGAUGCAGAAGGGCAACGAGUGCGGUAUGGCGUUUGAGAACUGGGGAGAGUUCAAGGCUGGCGAUACGAUUCAGUGCUACGAAGAGAAGUUCGAGAAGAGAUUUUUGUAG